UCCCGCUCCCGCGGGAUCCGGGUCGACCAGGGCCGGCGCCGGGCGGCCACGUGGUGGUGCUGCCGCUGCCCCCGCCCCGCCAGCCCAGCCCCGGAGUCUCGGCGCCCACUGACCCCCGCGGCCGGGGAGGAGGAGGGACCGAGGCGCAGGAAGCCGAGCAGGAAGCCAGCCCGGCGGCCGCGUUUUCCUGGGGAAGCGGCGGGAGGGGCGGUGCAGCCAGCGGGGCCCGGGAGCCGCCGCCGCCGCCUGGAUGGGGUGCUGAAAAAUCUCCUCUAGAGCUUUGGAAGUUGAAUGGACUAAACAUGAAGAGCUUGAAAGCGAAGUUCAGGAAGAGCGACACCAAUGAGUGGAACAAGAAUGAUGACCGCCUGCUGCAGGCAGUGGAGAAUGGAGACGUGGAGAAGGUGGCCUCGCUGCUGGGCAAGAAGGGGGCCAGUGCCACCAAACAGGACAACGAGGGCAAGACCGCUUUUCAUCUUGCUGCUACAAAAGGACACGUGGAAUGUCUCAGGGUCAUGGUUACACAUGGCGUGGAUGUGACAGCCCAAGAUGCUGCUGGACACAGUGCUUUGCACCUCGCAGCCAAGAACGGCCACCACGAAUGCAUCAAGAAGCUCCUUCAGUCUAAAUGCCCAGCCGAAAGUGUUGACAGCUCUGGGAAAACCGCUUUACAUUAUGCAGCUGCGCAGGGCUGCCUUCAAACCGUGCAGGUUCUUUGCGAACACAAAAGCCCCAUAAACCUCAAGGAUUUGGAUGGGAACAUACCACUGCUUCUUGCAGUACAAAGUGGCCACAGCGAGGUCUGUCGCUUUCUUCUAGAUCAUGGAGCAGAUGUAAAUUCCAGGGACAAAAAUGGAAGAACUGCUCUCAUGGUGGCUUGUGAGAUCGGCAGCUCUAACAUUGUGGAAGCCUUAAUUAAAAAGGGUGCAGACCUAACUCUUGUAGAUUCUCUUGGACACAAUGCCUUACAUUAUUCCAAACUCUCAGAAAAUGCAGGAAUUCAAAGCCUUCUAUUAUCAAAAAUCUCUCAGGAUGCUGAUUUAAAGACACCAACAAAACCAAAACAGCAUGAUCAAGUCUCUAAAAUAAGCUCAGAAAGAAGUGGAACUCCAAAAAAACGCAAAGCUCCACCACCUCCUAUCAGUCCUACCCAGCUGAGUGAUGUGUCUUCCCCAAGAUCAAUAACUUCAACACCACUUUCAGGAAAGGAAUCGAUAUUUUUUGCUGAACCACCCUUCAAGGCUGAGAUCAGUUCUAUACGGGAAAACAAAGACAGACAGAGUGACAGCACGGCAGGUGCUGAUAGUUUAUUGGAUAUAAGUUCUGAAGCUGACCAACAGGAUAUUCUUGUCCUAUUGCAAGCAAAAGUUGCUUCUCUUACCUUACACAAUAAGGAAUUACAAGAUAAAUUACAGGCCAAAACACCCAGGGAGGCAGAAGCUGACCUGAGCUUCGACUCUUACCACUCUACUCACACUGACUUGGCCCCGCCGCUGGGCAGACCGAGCGAAACCUCUCCCCCAGACUCCAAGUCCUCACCAUCUGUCUUAUCACAUUCCGUGGGUAAAUCCACUAUCGACGGCGAUGUCAGAAUUCAGCAACUACAAGAGAUUUUGCAAGAUGUGCAGAGGAGAUUGGAGAGCUCUGAAGCAGAGAAGAAACAGCUGCAGGCCGAGCUCCAGUCCAGGAGGACAGAGUCGCUGUGCUUAUUAAACAACGCCGAGAUUUCUGAGAACGGCUCCGACCUCAGCCAGAAGCUUAAAGAAACUCAGAGCAAGUAUGAGGAGGCCAUGAAAGAAGUCCUUAGUGUGCAGAAGCAGAUGAAACUGGGCCUCGUAUCACCUGAGAGCAUGGAUAGUUAUUCACAUCUCCGUGAGCUCAGGAUCACUGAGGAGGAAGUAGGUGUGCUCAAGCGGGAUCUCCAGAAUGCAUUAGAAGAAAGUGAAAGGAAUAAAGAGAAAGUGAGAGAGUUAGAGGAAAAACUUGUAGAGAGGGAGACUGGCGUGGUAAUCAAGCCACCUGUGGAAGAGUAUGAGGAAAUGAAAAGUUCGUAUUGCUCUGUUAUUGAGAAUAUGAAUAAGGAGAAAGCGUUUUUGUUCGAGAAAUACCAAGAAGCCCAAGAAGAAAUCAUGAAAUUAAAAGAUACACUAAAAAGUCAGAUGACACAGGAGGCUGGUGAUGAAGCUGGGGACAUGAAAGAGGCCAUGAACAGGAUGAUAGAUGAACUCAACAAACAGGUGAGCGAGCUGUCCCAGCUGUACAAAGAAGCCCAGGCUGAGCUGGAGGAUUAUAGGAAGAGGAAAUCUCUAGAAGACAUAACCGCUGAAUAUAUCCAUAAAGCAGAGCAUGAAAAACUGAUGCAAGUGACCAAUGUAUCCAGGGCUAAGGCAGAAGAGGCACUGUCCGAAAUGAAGUCUCAGUACUCCAAAGUGUUAAAUGAGUUGACUCACCUGAAGCAACUGGUAGAUGCCCAGAAAGAGAACUCUGUCUCCAUCACAGAACAUUUGCAGGUGAUAACCACGCUGCGGACGACUACCAAAGAGUUGGAGGAAAAAAUCAGCGGUCUUAAAGAGCACCUUGCCAGCAAGGAAGUAGAAGUGGCCAAACUAGAGAAACAGCUUGUUGAAGAGAAGGCUGCAAUGACCGAGGCGAUGGUGCCCAGGUCUGCCUAUGAAAAGCUCCAGUCGGCUUUAGAAAGUGAAGUGAGUGUGUUGGCAUCGAAAUUAAAGGAUUCCGUAAAAGAGAAAGAGAAGGCCUAUUCAGAGGUUGCCCAAAUUAGAAGUGAAGCCUCGCAAAUGAAAAGGGAAAGGGAAACUGUUCAGACUCUCUUGAAAUCCAAAGAGCAAGAAGUAAAUGAACUUGUGCAAAAAUUCCAGCACGCUCAGGAAGACCUGGCAGAGAUGAAGAGAUGUUCAGAGAGCUCUUCAAAACUGGAGGAGGAUAAAGACAAGAAGAUAAAUGAGAUGUCGAAGGAAGUCACCAAGCUGAAGGAGGCCCUGAACAGCCUCUCGCAGCUCUCCUACUCGGCGAGCUCCUCCAAGAGGCAGAGUCAGCAGCUGGAAGUGCUGCAGCAGCAGGUCAGACAGCUGCAGAACCAGCUGGCUGAAUGCAAGAAACAACACCAGGAGGUCAUAUCAGUUUACAGGAUGCAUCUUCUAUAUGCCGUGCAGGGCCAAAUGGAUGAAGAUGUUCAGAAAGUACUGAAGCAAAUCCUUUCCAUGUGUAAAAACCAGUCCCAGAAGAAGUAGAAUGGAUUCCUUGGCAAGACACUGCCCUUUGUUGUCCAUCGUUGUGUUAGAUCUGGAGUCGUUGGCAACCACUGCCAUUGUUCUCGUCACGGUAUGCAGCACGACCUAGCAUAGCUUCUUCCCCUUCCAAAGGCUUCUUUCUGAGGACUGGUCCCAGAAGAAGACUGUCUUCUUCAGAACUGCUUAGAGACUUUAAAGCAGCAGAGGUGAUCAAUGCUGUCAUCCCUUCAGAUUCCAGAGCUGGGAUCAGCCGUGCCCAGGAGUCUGGCUCUGGUGCUAGUGGGUGGGUACCCUCCUCAGUACCUGGCCAGCUGUGUGGCCUCGUCAUCACUGACUGAUAUGUUGACACCUCCGUGUAGUAAAUGCUCUUUGGUUCCUACACUCUGGCUGUGCCGUUCAGCACAGGAGGCCUCUUUUUGCCUUUUGGUUUCCAAUCCCAAAACAUGAUUUGACUUCUGACCAAAUUGGUACGGCACUAGUUAUGCGGUGCAUGCUUAAGGCCCUUUAUCAUGGUAUCCUGUGGAUUCGGAACUCUAAUUCCAUCUUUUUUCCCCAUCUGCCUUAAAUAUCUCAUCACCCUGCUUGUCAGUCUUCAUUUGAUGAGCAUUAUGAACUAAAAUAUGAAGCUUAAAAGCAAAAGCAAAUUGUCCUUAAAAGUUUUUAAGUAAAUCAUCGACGUAUUGCAAAUUUUCUAUGCAAACUUGCCUCCCGCUAUCAUCUACGAAGCUCAGGAAAUCCAAACAUUUGUGUUUCAACAAGGGACAGUAAACUGCAUGUUUACAGCCAAAAGAAAUGCCUCAUAGUUCUUAACCUCAAUUUUUUAAAAGUGUUUUUUUUUUCUACAAUAUUUUUAUUGGCUCUUAAAGAUGUUUUCAUAUCUAAACUCUUACAUAAGUGAAAUUCACAUUAGACUAUUUUAACAGAAUAUUUUAGGUAACCAUGCUUAAGAUUUUUUAAAAAUAUAACUUUUUCCUCAAAGUUUCCAGCUAUAGCAAAAGGUAGUUAUAUAUUCCAAACUCAGUAUGAGCUGCCACCAGUACCCCUAGAAUUCUGCCAUUGUGUCCUCAGAAGUGAGCACAUUUCUUAAUGUAGUAAAUAUUCUUUUUUAUCCAUUGAAUCAUUUUGAGUGCCCUGGCUCUCUACCAGUUCUCAUAGUAAAUUAUCUCUGGAAGGACUGUUAAUACCAACCAUUUUUCAAACUAAAAAUUUGGAACCAAAAAAUCCUGAUAUGGUAAAUAUUAUGGUGCAUAGCAAAGGUCUUGGGGGAAAAUAUUUCUAUUCACUUUCUUUUAGGUUAAAAAUGGUUCUGACUUGCUUGCAGCUUCCCUUGCAGCAUUGAUCUUACUGAGGGAUGUAAACAGAAUACAGAAAUCUCUAAGGUAUAUAAUUGAGUAUCAGCCUGCUCUGACAGGGCCCAUGUACCACAGGGCUGCCUGGGCUCAGAGGGUGCUUGGCUGUAUUGGAUGAUGUGUUCAUCUGUAUUGGAUGAGGACCAGGGACAGCAAAGCAAAAAUGGCUCUCAAGCUUGGUGUUACUUUUCUUAAGCUGUUUAUAGUUAAGUAAUUUUGAAAAUGCUCCAAAGAAAUGUGAAAGGACUUUUUGUCACAGCACUUAAGAAAAUACAAAACAACCCCUUCCUGCCCCCACACAGAAAUGCUGCAGAGUAUAAAACUUGAGAAAUUUUGUAGGAUGCUUGACAAAUUGUAGCCUUUUAUCUUGUUUCAGGAUGCAUAUUUAUUAUAAGUACUCCGGUUAAAUAUUGAAAAGUUAUAUGCUGUAGUUUAGCAUUUUGCCUUUGUAAUUUACAGAAGGUAUGGCAAAAAAAAUAAACUUUUGUUUCAUUUUGCA